AUGUCGACGUCGAUGCUUCUAAUUCUGGUGCUCACCGAGAUAGUUUUUGCUGCGGAUGACGUGGAAAUGAAGUCCUCCGUUGUUCACCUUUUGCAGAAUUUUCCGGACCUUCAAAGUACGCUGGAGGCCCUACCAAAGGAAUGCACAAAAAAUGGAAAAACAUACAAAGAGGGUGAGGAAUUUACUAUUGGAAAUUUGCGAUAUAAAUGCCAGAAAUAUGGGGUGUACACAAUUGAAGGAUGCAUCACGGACAACAAAGAAAAUUUAAAAGUUGGAGAAGUUGUCGUAAAAGACAAUAUCAAAUCACAGUGUUUAGGCGCUGGAAGUUCAGUUUUUUAUAGAGAGACUGUUUGCGGUAUUUUGGGUCAGCCCGAAUGUGACAAAAUAGGCCCACCUAAAAGUUAUGAAGAGGCUUGCAAAAAGGAAGCAGAAAACACUGGAAAUAUUACGGGAAUCUCGAUACCUGGUCUUCCACCAGGCUGGAAGGUUGUAGACCAAACACAGCAAGCUAUUCCUGGUAGCAACAAGAGGGUAUCAUCGCGAACACUCAUGUUUAGCCCUAUUGCUGGAAGCACAAGACUUGCGCCUGGAAUGUUUCUUAUUCUUCUACUUCCGACAUUUAUUCUCGCAAAGGAAACAGUUGUUUCACAAUCUCCUAUGGUACAUUUGCUUCAGAAUAUUUCGAAUCUAAAUGAGGCGCUAAAUACUCUGCCAAAGGAGUGCGUAGUGAGAGGAGAAACACACAAGGAGGGAGAAGAGUUUGUCAUUGGCAAUCUGCGAUAUCAAUGCCAGAAAUAUGGUAUUCACACUAUCAUAGGAUGCAUCACGGAGAAUAAGAAGCAUCUGAACAUUGGAGAUGUUGUCGUCAACAACAACAUCAAGGCGCAGUGCUUAUCAGCGGGAGGCUCUGUCUUCUAUAGAGAAACUCUUUGCGGAGUACUGGGAACCCCUGAAUGUGACUCUAUAGGACCUCCACAAGAAUACGAAUUCGCUUGCAAUAAUGCAUCAAAAAACGUCGACUAUCUGAAAAAUGUAUCUCUACACGGACUACCACCAGGGUGGAAAGUAAUCGACGAGACCCAGCAAGCCAUUCCUGGCACGAACAAGCGUAUGCUAGCGCAAACAAUUAUGUUCAUCCCUUCGUCUGGUAACAAUGUCGGGCCGAGUAGAGCACGUCGACAAACUGUGGGCGUAGAAGAAUGGAGUGACAAAUCCCCCGUGAAAAGAGACGCGAACGAUAUGUCGAGAGGAGCGAGCGGUGCUCGCGAGACUGUUUGGCCCAAAACUAUUACUGUAAAUGGCCAGACUUUUCCUGCCAGGGAUGGAGCUGUUUCAAAGCCAAUAACACACAUCGUGCAGAAUAUAUCGGACCUAGGCAUUGCACUGGAAUCUUUGCCAAAGGAAUGCAAACUAAAUGGAAAAGCUUACAAGGAAGGAGAAGAGUUUAUCAUUGGAAACUUGCGAUAUAAAUGCCAGAAAUACGGAAUUCACGCAGCAGAAGGAUGCAUAACUGAGAAUAGGGAGAAGUUAUCGAUUGGACAAGUAUUGGUAAAAGAUAACGUCAAGUCGCUGUGCUUGGCAGUCGGAAGCAAAAUAUUUUAUAGAGAAACGACUUGCUCUGUUCCGGGUUCGCCAGAUUGUAAGGAUGUAGGCCCUCCAAAAGAAUACGAAGAAGCUUGCAAAGCUGCAUUGAGUAGCGCGCAGCACAAGCUUAAAGAAGUCUCGCUGCCGGGACUGCCACGAGGAUGGAAGGUUAUCGACGAAGCACAGCAGGCAAUACCAGGAAUGGAAAACCGCGUACUUUCUCGGACAAUCAUGUUCAUUCCAUUUCCAACAAAGAGACGAGUUCGUCGACAAGAAGAUAAGCUCUCUACAAAUACGCAUGGCAUCAAAGGUAACAGUCCCUCAAUGAACAUGAACUUGAGCGGCGGAAAGUUGACAAAUGCACUUGGAAGAUUGGUGAAUCCAAAGUUCACUCGACAAGCUAAGCCUACGCAACAACGACCAAGAAACAAGCAUAGGAGAAUAGGUAAUCGUCGAAAGGGGCAGAAUGGCAAUAGAAAUUUUGGAAACAGCAGGAGACCAAAUUUUGGAAACAGCAGGAGACCAAAUUUUGGAAACAGCAGGAGACCAAGCUUUGGAAACAGCAGGAGACCAAGCUUUGGAAACAACAGGAGACCAACAAAUAGACCGCAACGAAAGCCUGAUAUACUACGUGCCUCACUUCCCCACGGUCAACAGCAAGAUUUUACCUUCUCGGUGAAUGGCAGAUCAAUAUCAAGAAAACCUGAUUCAAUGACUAUUGAGUCAUCUCCUACAGGCUUCACUGUGAGGGAAGGAGACUAA